CCACCCGUAAAAGUCCUUUUUUCCGCGCACAAAAGUCAACUCUCUCUCAUCUUCUUCGUCCUCUGUCUCUGCAUCUCUGCUAUGGAUGAACAACCUCUGGUGUGAUUUCAGCUUGAAUUUCCCCAGGAACGUUGAUUUCCACUUUCUCUGUUUUAGAUACUUGUGAAGAGGAUUGAGCUUCGUGCGUCACAAGGAUUGGAUUUAUUUCUUCAUGGGUAACGGUGUCGGAAAGCUAAGUGUGUGUUUCACCGGUGGAGAACACCGCCGGAAAAAGGACAUGUCGGUCCUAUUUCCGGAUCCACUCGAUGAAGGCUUGGGUCACUCCUUCUGCUACGUCCGACCCGACACGACUCGGCUUUCUUCUUCAAAGGUUCACUCCGAGGAAGAGACAACGACCUUCCGUACAAUCUCCGGCGCCUCCGUUAGCGCUAACACGGCGACCGCUCUCUCCACUUCCCUCUACGAUUCGUACGGACACAUGGACAGAGCCGCCGCAUUCGAGAGCACGAUGUCGUUUUCGUCCAUCCCUCUGCAACCGAUCCCGAGAAGCAUGAUGAUCUCGGAUCAGAUUGUCCCGGGCUCGGGUCCGCUGGAGAGAGGGUUCCUCUCGGGUCCAAUCGAGAGGAAUUUCAUGUCGGGUCCGUUAGAUCGGGUAGGGUUAUUCUCUGGCCCGCUUGACAAACCUGGCUCCGAUCAGUUCCAACGAAGCGUCUCCCAUGGAGGUCUAGCUUUCCGGGACAGGACGAGGAAAGGGUCGUUGUUUCGGGUCCUCCGGCGAGCAAUCUCGAAGACGAUAGCUCGAGGGCAGAACUCGAUCGUUGCUCCGAUCAAAGGAGUGAUAUCAGUCAAAGAACCCGAUUGGGUCUUCGGGUCGGAUAAAACCCGAAUCCACCAAACACAGCACAACGAGAAUCUCACCGUCAAUAGCUUGAACUUUAGCAGCGAUGGGAGCUUAGACGACGACGUUUCGUUCGAAAGCCAGAACCUUCAGUGGGCUCAAGGGAAAGCCGGCGAGGAUCGUGUACAUGUCGUCGUGUCGGAGGAACACGGGUGGCUUUUCGUCGGAAUAUACGACGGAUUCAACGGUCCAGAUGCUCCAGACUAUCUGCUCUCGCAUCUGUAUCCGGCUGUUCACCGGGAGCUCAAGGGUUUGUUAUGGGACGAUCCGAAGAUCGACCCGAAAUCUCAGGAAUCUCCCCCUGAGACCGACUCAGAGAGGACCUGUGGCAAUGAAUCGUGUUCGAACUGUGCUGAUACGGACAAUAAUCCUAGUCGGAGCGGGAACUCUGAUACGGGAACGCGCAAAUCGGGGAAGAAAUCAAAGAACAAGGAUCGAACGUCGAGGAAGUGGGAGGAGAAUCAGCGACGGUGGAGGUGCGAGUGGGACCGGGAGAGGCUCGAUCUGGACCGUCUAUUGAAGGAACAGAUGAAUCGGAGUAAUGGGUCGGAGCGAUCGCCAACGACAAACCAUUCGGAUGUUUUGAAAGCUCUGUCACAAGCUCUGAGGAAGACGGAAGAAGCGUACUUGGAGAUUGCAGACAAGAUGCUCGAUGAAAAUCCUGAACUAGCAUUGAUGGGUUCUUGUGUUCUGGUGAUGCUGAUGAAAGGUGAAGAUGUUUACGUCAUGAACGUUGGUGACAGUAGAGCUGUCUUGGGGCAGAAAGCUGAGCCAGAUUACUGGUUAGGGAAGAUAAGACAGGACUUGGAACGGAUCAAUGAAGAGUCCAUGAAUGAUUUCGAAGGUUGCGAAGGAGAACGAGCCGGUCUGGCCCCGAAUUUAUCAGCUUCUCAGCUGACCGUUGAUCAUAGCACAAACCUAGAAGAGGAAGCCGAGAGAAUCAGGAAUGAGCAUCCGGAUGAUGCUAAUGCCGUCUCGAAUGAACGGGUGAAAGGCUCCUUGAAGGUUACGAGAGCUUUUGGUGCUGGUUUUCUCAAGCAGCCGAAAUGGAAUGAUGCCCUUCUCGAGAUGUUUAGAAUAGAUUACAUAGGAACAUCUCCGUACAUCAACUGCUUGCCGUCUCUCUGCCACCACAGAUUAGGCCCGAAAGAUCGGUUUCUGAUACUAUCAUCAGAUGGUCUGUACCAAUACUUCACGAACGACGAAGCCGUCUCAGAAGUCGAGCUCUUCAUCACGCUGCAGCCUGAGGGUGACCCGGCUCAGCACCUUGUCGAGGAACUUCUCUUCCGAGCUGCCAAGAAAGCCGGUAUGGAUUUCCACGAACUGCUCGAGAUUCCACAAGGGGAACGGAGACGGUACCACGAUGAUGUUUCCAUAAUAGUGAUCUCUUUAGAAGGAAGAAUGUGGAAAUCUUGUGUAUAAAAAACUGAGCUUGUGCCCAGGGUUCGAACUGAUGAACGAGUUUCAGCUUGGACCCUUGAACCCGAAAACACGGGAGAAAUAUGCUUCAGCUCAGAUCUAUUAUGUAUUACGAUGUGAAUAAACACAAAAGAAAAAAGUUUUGCCUCUCUAUAUCAAUCAAACAAAGUCUCAAAAGUGAUUCAAGUCAUGUUUUUUUUAAAACAAAACCUUAUUUUCAGACA